AUGCAGAACGCUAUCAAUUCUCAAACCUUUCAACGUUUCUCGUUCCGAGCCACCGAAGCUCCGUGUCUUUAUAACUGUAGCCCUUUAUUCGGCGGUAGUUUUCUCUCGGUCUCUUCACUCCCUUAUCAAAAUUACCUCUGCCCUCCGAAUAGUUUUCCCAUUUUGACCGAUAUUUCGGGCGGGGCUCUGUUUGGUCCGAACAAUAAAGUUUCGGAGGCCGAAACUUUGCUCGAAAGGAACAAUUCUGUGACCGAAGCUGAAACUGAGAUUGAUCGAACUACUCCUGUUCUUGAUGGAAUUGCUGCUGUUGUUGGGCAAGACGUUCUCUUUGGAACGAACAAGGCGAAAUCUUCUGAAGCCAGUGCGAAACGUUUUGGGUCAGGUAGCAAAAACAAUAAUAACGAUAUUCCGGUGCAGAAGAACUACAGAGGGGUGAGAAAGAGGCCAUGGGGGAGGUGGUCAGCGGAGAUACGUGACCGUAUAGGGCGGUGCCGUCAUUGGCUGGGAACCUUUGACACGGCGGAGGAGGCAGCCCGUGCUUAUGACGCGGCCGCAAGGAGGCUGAGAGGGUCUAAAGCGAGAACGAACUUUGAAAUCCCUUCAGUUUUGCCACUUUCAUGGCCUUCUAACUCGUCUUCUUCCUCUACUGAAGUGAAGAAAGUUAAGGGCAAAGUGAGUAACGCAAGGAAGUGUUCAGUGGUGACCUCAGUGGCUCAUUUAUUUUCCAAUAAUUCUAGUGUUCUAAAAGUUAACGGAAAUACUAAUCAAGUGGAGCUCGAUUUGAAGCUUGCAGUUGGAUAUGGAAACAGAAAUAGAGCUCCAUCAAUGGCCACGGUUUAGUGUUCUUC